AUGGGUUGUGAUGAAUUGGCCACUCAAUCUUCCUUGAUUCGAUCCAACCUAUUCCAGCGUCGCAGUAUUGGUUGUCUAUUGGCUCCUCGGCAGCGUACUCUACUCGAUCGUGACCAUCGUUCCCCAAAACGUUCCACAUUGGUUGCUGGAAGUGAUGUUCGUACAGCCAAGUCUAACAGAGCAUUGCGUCCAGAUGGACGGACCAACCCGAGUGCCAUAGCCAGCAACAACAAUAGCACUACACCACGUACUCGACUCACCCCCCUGAACACUGGGCGUGCUGGUCCGCUGUCUUGUGAGCCACUCGGUCGAAACAGUAUCACACAAACAUCGCACACGACAGACCGGGUAAUGCAGAGUGCCUAUUUCUGUGUUUCCACUCUUGUGUACACGUACCUGAUUGCGCUGUUCCAUCGAUAG